AGUACAUUCGAACGCAGAGGAGCGAUAAAACGAAGUUCCCUGAUCACCAUGGCACGCAUCAAUGCUCUCCAUUCCCCUUCUUCUUCUUCUUCUUCGGCUCCUUUCGUCGCUCGUCCGACCUCUCUCAAUCCUCUGAACCAGAUUGAGACUGCAUUGUUUGAUAGGGUUGGUGAUCAUGGUGGUUGGCGGCGAGGGCGAUGAGAUUGAGAGGAAUUUUCAGGCAAAGGUGCGGCUUGAACCGCGGAAUCGCGAGGAGGCUGCGCAGAGGAUCAGCAUUGCAUUCCGGGCGCCCCAGGAGAACUUCACCAUCCGUGAUUUCGAGCUUGGCAAGGUCCUUGGCGUCGGUUCCCAUUCAAAGGUGGUGAGGGCGAAGAAAAAGGGCUCGGAACAUGUCUAUGCCUUGAAAAUCAUGGACAAGGAUUUCAUUAUUAAAGAAAACAAAGUUACCUGUGUAAAACUAGAGCGCAUUGUUCUGGACCAAUUAGAUCAUCCUGGCAUUGUUGGACUGUAUUUCACAUUCCAAGAUGCACGCUGUCUUUACAUGGCACUUGAAUCCUGUGAAGGUGGAGAACUGUUUGAUCUGAUAUCCAAGUUACUUCUCGGAUUACAGAGAGGUCGUCUAUCUGAGAUAGAGGCUCGCUUUUACACCGCAGAAGUUGUUGAAGCACUGGAGUAUUUGCAUGGUCUGGGCUUAAUACAUUGUGAUAUUAGGCCAGAGAACUUACUGCUCACUGCAGAUGGACAUAUUAAGAUUGCAGAUUUUGGUUGUGUGAGGCCAGACAAAGAUAGCCGUAUAACAGUUCCUUUGAAUCUAUUAAGUGAAAAUACUCAAGCCUUUACAGGAAGAACUGCAUAUGCCCCUCCAGAAAUUCAAAAUUCUUCUCCAGCAAGUCCUGGAAAUGAUCUCUGGGCACUUGGUUGCACCUUAUAUCAUAUGCUAGCUGGAGCUUCUCCCUUCAAAGAUGCAUUUGAGUUGCUUGUUUUUCAGAGAAUUAUUUCAAGGGGAAUUAAUAUUCCAGAAUAUUUUUCAGAUGAAGCGAGUGACCUCAUUGAUAAAUUAUUGGACAUAGAUCCUAGUAGAAGACUGGGUGCCGGACCAGAUGGUUACUUGGCCCUUAAAUUGCAUCCUUUCUUUAAAGGAAUUGAUUGGCAUAAUCUUCGGCAGGGAUCCGUGCGGAAACUUGCUAUGGAGUUUAUUGCAAACAAGAAUAAUGAGCCUUAUAAUUCUACACAAAAUGGAAGUCAUCAACAGUCAAGUUUUGAUAGAAGUAGUGGUUCCACAUCUUCCUCUGAAACACAUCCUCAUCUUUCUUCUCUUUCUUCAAUUGAUUCAUUUGACUCUAAAUGGCGGGACUUUCUUGAACCUGGUGAGUCUAUUCUCAUGACAUCAAAGUUGAAGAAAUUUCGAAAGCUCAAAAGUAAGAAAGUGCAACUCAUCCUCACUGACAAACCCAGAUUAAUAUCCGUCAACGCAAAUAAAUUAAUGGAGAAAAAGAUUGUUUGGUCCGACAAUCCAAACAGCAUCAAUGUUCAAGUUGUGAACUCCUCACAUUUUAAGAUAACCACUCCAACAAAGGUUAUGUCAUUUGAGGACGCAAAGCAGCGAGCAUGGCAGUGGAAAAAGACGGUCGAAGGUCUUCAAAAGCCUUGAAAUCUCUUCCAAAAUUUGACAUGAUCAAUGCCUCAGGGAUCAAAAUUUUGCAUGCUUCAAAAGAUAGUUCCUGCACCAGAAAGCCGAUUUUUUUAUUACUUAGCUGGUAUCGACAAAAUUCAUUGAAAUUCUGCAAUGCAGCAAAAAUGACAAUUCACAAUUGAUGGAGAUUCUCUGCAAUAGUUUCUGAGUUGAAGUAUUGAGAAAUGGAAAUAACAUCUGGAUUGUUACAUAUCAACUCCUCAAAAUAUGACAUCCAGAAUGAAUCAAUUUUUGAGUUUUCUGGGGGUUUUAUGUAAUACAACUCAAGUGUAUGGAAUGAUGAUGUUUUUUCCAAGCAAUUAUUUGGAAUUAGACACUCAAGUUUCCAAAACUUUAUAUAAACAUAUCUAU